AGUUGUUGGCCCCAUAGAGGGCGCACGUUUCAAGGGAGGCAACUCUCAUUAUAUACCUGGAAGCAGAAAGUAGAAGAAAAUAGAUAUUUUAUAACCUGAUUUACUCACAACUGACCAUGGCUACCGAGAAGACAACAGCAAAUCCCCUUGAACAAUUUGUACUUCUUGCCAAGACGGCUAAAGGUGCUGCAGCAGUGAGCCUUGUCAACCAGGUGCUAGAUGCUCCGUCAGUGUAUGUGUUCGGUGAAUUGCUGGACAUGCCCAACAUACAGGAGCUGUCCGCAGGGCCACAUGCUCCGUAUUUCCAGGUGUUGAAUCUAUUUGCAUAUGGAACUUAUAGAGAAUACAAAGCCAAUGUUGCAAAACUCCCAGAGUUGACGGCGGGACAGUUAACGAAACUGAGACAUUUAACAAUUGUUUCAUUAGCUACAAAAUCCAAAUGCAUUCCCUACUCAGUGCUGUUAGAAGAGUUAGAAAUGCAAAAUGUCCGACAACUUGAGGAUCUGAUCAUUGAGGUUAUCUAUGCUGACAUCAUCCAUGGCAAGCUGGACCAAAGGAAUCAACAGUUGGAAGUGGACUACGCCAUCGGUCGAGACAUCCGCUCUGAUGCAGUCCCAGAAAUCAUCACCGUCCUGCAAGAUUGGUGCAAUGGCUGCGAGACAGUUCUGAAGGGUAUAGAAGACCAGAUCUCCAAGGCCAACGCCAACAAGGAGAAGAACAACAAGAUCAAGGCAGAGAUUGAAACAGAGGUGGCCAACAUCAAGAAGACACUGAAGAGCACACAGCAGUCGGACCUGGACGACCAGAUGGUCACCGACAGCUCCCUCUCCCAGUCAGACAAACCAAAGAAGACAUCCAAGAGUAAAGGACUACGAGGAAGCAGUACAACGAAGCUAUGGAAGUGAUGUGAGCUGUGAUUAAUUUGUGAACUUGUACAUACCUGUGGAAAGAUAAAUAUUACGUGCUACAGACACUCAAGCUAGAGUUACCUCCCUGUGCCACAAGCAGAUCUUGAAUGUCCGGCCUAUCACCAGUUGUGGAAUGGAUACAGUCUGCAAGGUGUGUUAUCGAUAUAUAUUAAAUAUAUAUCAUGAGGACUUGUUUAUAUCUGUACUGAAACGAAAAGGUUAAGGAUCAUGAAAUAUUGUUUAAUGUGGAAUAUUAAAUUGUUGUCCUCAGUUCUAAAACUUUCACCCAAAUAUUCAUGAUUCAUAACUUUUUUUGUUCAGUAUACCGAGUAUAUGAAAGUAGGAGGUAAUUUCUGGACAGGAAGGGAAUAACAAGUGUUAUCUGUUCUGAUUUGAAAAAAAACUUCAUUAUUUAUCUACCACCUGCAGAAAUAAUUUGUUUGCAUUUGUACGCUGAUCAUGUAAUAAAUGUGUAAAACAUC